AGAAGAGAUGGAAGAUUCAGAAUUCGAGAGCAGACAGCGGAAUCAAUAUGGAGACAAAUGUUCAGAAGACAGAAAAAUGCCUUUAAUCAGAAAACGUCCUUAAUCAAGAUCCGUCACUCUCUGAUCACUUCCGAACGAGACUUGCAGACUAUUGGGGAAAAAUAUCAGGAGAUGGACAGGACCCGGAGACAACAUCGACUAAAGGCCAUCGAGUUGUAUUCGACCCUUGAAUCCAGGAUAAUCGCGAAUUCCGUCCGUGAGCUCGGCCAGGCCACCUGUCUCAGGAAUACGUGUAUCCUCAACCACAACAGCUCUAUCCCCGAACGCAAAUUAUACUGCCAAUUGUUAAACAGCGAUAGAGCUGAACCUGAUGUAUCGUACGCGGAAGUUAAGUUAAAGACCCCCUCGGCUCCCCGGGUCCGGAAAGAUCGAGACGGUCAGAACACCACCUACUCAGAGCUGAACGUUCGGAAAAAGAAACCCCGCAUCGAUAAGGACGAACAUUCUCCCAUUUCCUCGGGUCCCGGCGGGCGGUCAACCGCAGCAGAAACAGCUGAACCUGAUGUAUCGUACGUUGAAGUUAAUUUCAAGACCCCAUCGGCGCCCCGGGUCCGGGCAGAUCGAGAUGGUCUGAAAUCCACCUACUCAGAGCUGAACGUCCGGAAAAAGAAACACCGCGUCGAUGAGGACGAAGAUCCUCCCAUUUCCUCGGGACCCGGCGGGCUAUCAACCGCUGCACAAACAGGUCAGAGUCCAUAG